UUUCGCCGGCCAUCUUGAAAUUACGUUAUCAUGGCGGCUAGACCACUAAUAACAGUAUACGAUGAGGCAGGAGAAAAUGUUGGACAGACCACCCUGCCUGCAGUGUUCAAAGCUCCCAUUCGUCCUGAUGUUGUUGGCUUUGUCCACACUAACAUGGCUAAGAACAAACGGCAACCUUAUGCUGUGAACAAGCUUGCCGGCCAUCAGACGUCUGCUGAGUCCUGGGGUACGGGCCGUGCUGUUGCCAGGAUUCCUCGUGUGAGAGGUGGUGGCACACACCGCUCAGGCCAGGGUGCUUUUGGCAAUAUGUGUAGAGGUGGACGUAUGUUUGCCCCUACAAAAACCUGGCGACGCUGGCAUCGCAAGAUCAAUCAGAAACAGCGCCGAUAUGCUAUGUGCUCAGCCUUGGCCGCUUCUGCCCUCCCUGCUCUUGUGAUGGCUCGUGGUCACCGUGUUGAUGAGAUCCCUGAGGUUCCAUUGGUUGUUUCAGAUGGAAUUGAAUCUCUGCAGAAGACUAGUGCUGCAGUGAAGCUCCUUAAGUCAGUAAAUGCCUAUGGGGAUGUUGAAAAAUGUAAGGAGUCGAAGAAGAUUCGUGCAGGAAAAGGUAAGAUGCGUAACCGCAGGACUGUGAUGCGCAAAGGGCCCCUCAUCAUCUACAAUGAAGAUCAUGGAGUGAAAAAGGCUUUCCGCAACUUACCUGGUGUUGAUAUCUUGUCAGUGGAUCGUCUGAAUCUUCUGAAGCUUUGCCCUGGCGGUCACUUGGGCAGGUUUUGUAUCUGGAGCAAGGGUGCAAUUGAGAAGCUUGAUGCCUUGUAUGGAACAGGAAAGAAACCAUCCACAGAAAAGAAGGAUUUCAAUCUUCCCAAAACAAUCAUGAGCAAUGCUGACCUCAAUCGCCUCAUCAACAGUGAGGAGGUCCAGUCUGUUAUCAGACCUGCUGGACCCAGAAAGACCCGCCGAGCAAUCCGCAAGAAGAAUCCGCUCAAGAAUUUGAACGUGCUGAUGAAGCUGAACCCUCACGCUAAGAGUGUCAAACGGGCUGAAAUGCUGACUGUAGAGCGGAGAAGGGCUGCUAAAGAGGCAGUACUGAGCAAGAAGAGAGAAGGAAAAUGAAAUGCUCAACUGUUAACGCUGUAAUGAAAGGACGAAUAAAACAGCAGUGAAUUCAGUGUAAAAA